CAGUUUAUUUUGCAAGCUUCUUUCUUUGUUAUUUAUAAUAAUAUUACUGUAUUUCAUAUACCUAACAAUUGUAUUAAAUAUUUGUUCUUUUUAAACCAUUCCUAAGAAAGUAAGAAAACGAAAGUAUAGGUCAAAGAUCAAGCAGGGGUGGGGUUGAAUAACGUUUCAUUUAUAAAUGCAUCCUUUAGGUGUAUAAUCUGUUCGUGCAGUAGUGUCAGUGAUAUCUGAAAGUUUGUUUUCUGAAAACUUGUAAUAUGCUACGAUCAUUGUUUUCUUUUUUUCAUAAAUGUGAUCAUACCCAACACUCAGUGCUUUUGUACCGUACACACGGAUAAAACGUCUCGAUUCAGCAUUUUGUGACAGUUGUAUCAAACUUUGUGCUGUGAGCCCGUGACACGUGACGAUAAUAUUUUUGCUCAAGAAAAAAGAAUUUUCAUUCUACAAUGGGAGGAAAGCUAUCUGAUAAAGACAUGGACCAGCUGGAACGAUGGAUAGGUACAGGUCCUAAAAUAUUCACACUGCUCUAUACUAUCACAAGAGAUGGAUGUAAUUCUACAACCUUCCACCAGAAAUGUGACAACCAGGGACCUACAGUAACGGUGCUGUAUAACCAACAGGGAUCUGUGUAUGGUGGAUAUGCUCCUGUUAACUGGACCAGUAGCGGCGGAUGGAUCAAUAACACCACUGCCUUCUUGUACCAGUUGAGGUUAAACGGAAAUGACAAAACUACAAAGUUUACUUUAAAACCAGCAGGUUAUCUGCAUGCACUGUACCACUGUCAAAGCUACGGUCCAACUUUCGGUAGUGGUCAUGACCUCCCUACCUUUAGAAACACAGUAAACAGCUCCGGACACAGCUACGACUGUCAGGGUAUCUCUGCCGACCAGAUCAUCAACGGUAACUCGAACGUUACCGAACUCGAGGUGUACAAAGUUGCAGAUGGCAAGAGACAGAAAACAGUGGAGAAAGAAUGCAGUAAACCAUGGCGAAAGACGCGAGACUGGAAUGAGCAGUUGUUGAACGAACUUACUGAAGACAUUGUAUCGUUCAAACCACUUCCGGACUUGAAGGUGACUGAUGCCCGGAUCUUGAUUAUCGGUCCUGUGGGGGCUGGGAAGUCAAGUUUCUACAAUACUAUCAACUCAGUAUUCCGGGGCCGAAUCACACAGAAAGCAUGUAGUGGUAGCGCGGAGCAGAGUCUUACAACUACUUACACUCCUUACAAGGUGAAAGUGAAAUCGGGCGCGCCACUUAACUUCCGGUUGUGUGAUACACGUGGUCUAGAAGAAUCACAAGGUCUAGAUGUUCUCGAGUGCAACUAUCUAUUGGAUGGUAACAUUCCUAACUAUUACCAGUUCAACCCGACUACACUGAUUUCUCCGAAAACCCCCGGUUUUAAGGCCAGUCCUACUACCAAUGAUGUUAUACACUGUGCGGUGUUCGUGCUGGACGCUACCACCCUCGAGGUUCUGUCAACGAAAAUCAUAGAAAAAAUGAAAGGCUUUCAAAACUUGAUGAAUCAGAAAGGAAUUCCACAGAUCAUACUACUCACUAAGAUAGACAAACUCUGUAAAAAUGUCGAAAAAGAUGCGUCGCUGGUCUUUAAGAGCCCGGAAGUGGAGCAGCACGUAGAAAAGGCCUCGCAGCUUCUCGGACUACCACGUGCUAAUGUACUUCCGGUGAAGAACUAUGAGAAUGAGAAUGAACUUGACGACAACAUAAGCAUCCUGGCAUUGUUGGCACUUCGCCAAAUUCUGUAUUUCGCUGAAGAUUUUCUAGAUCAUAUGUUGGAUAAAAAGAACGAUGAACAGUCAGAAAUGGAAAAACUAAAGGUUGAAAACUAAGUAACAACUUUGAGGAUUACAAGAAUAUACGUUUACAUGAUAAUCCCGGAGUAUUUUUAAAUCAACGUAUUUUGUGAAAUAUUAUAUUGAUUUAAUAGUGAUAAAAUCAUGUAUCAGUUUUGUAUAUAAACUACA